CCAUCACCUGCUCAGGGACAGGAGGUGAGGCUGAACUUCCCCGGUGACAGCAGCGUCCCUUACACACAGCUCCCGGAGAUCCAUUGGACCGCGACACCGGAGCGGCCCCUCGCACCCCGCCGCGGCCGCCCCCGAGCCCGGAACGGCGGCGCCGCGGGAGGGACCACCGGGGCGUGGGCGGGCUCGGCGGCUGGGGCGGAGUCACGGCAGGGGCGGGGCUCGGCGGUGCCGGUGUCCGCGGUGCAGCUCGCUCCCGGGAUGGAGCCCCCGACCGGCACCGAGAGCGCCCGCCUGGUCAGCCCGCGGGGCGGCCGCGCCGACGGCAGCCUGCGCCUCAAGAGUCUCUUCACAGGCUCUCGAGACCCCUCGGCACUGGCGGCUCCCCGGGCUCCAGAUCCCCACUGCCGCUGCAGCCCCCCGACCCCCGGCCCCGGGCAGGGCAGGCUCCAGGCGGGCCGGCAGCUGAGCGUCGCCUGCGCUGUCUGCUGCCUCUUCAUGGUCGGGGAGGUGAUAGGUGGGUACCUGGCACACAGCCUGGCCAUCAUGACGGAUGCAGCCCACCUGCUGACAGAUGUGGGCAGCAUGUCUGUCAGCCUCUUCUCCCUCUGGGUCUCCAACCGCCCACCCACCAAGACCAUGACCUUUGGCUGGCACCGCUCAGAGACGCUGGGUGCGCUGGCCUCUGUCCUCUCUAUCUGGGUUGUGACCGCAGCCCUGGUCUAUCUGGCGGCCGCCCGCAUCAUCAGCAAUGACUACGAGAUCGAGGCACGGGCCAUGUUGGCCACGUCUGCCUGUGCUGUUGGCGUCAAUCUGGUCAUGGCCUACAUCCUGCACCAGUCCCCUGCUGGCCAUGGCCAUGGCCCAGGGGCCUAUGAGCAGCUGGAGAACUCUGUGGCCUGCCAGCCCAGCCGUAGCCCCCUGCCUGGCAGCACCAGCGUGCGGGCAGCCUUUGUCCACGUGGUGGGUGACCUGCUGCAGAGCAUCAGUGUCCUCGUGGCUGCCACCAUCAUCUACUUCAAGGUGCCUGGGCUGGAUGCCCCAGCGCUGCCUGUGGGAGCAGCUCUCCCAGUCCCACGCAGGGUGCCACGGGGGCUCUGCCCCAGCCUCACAGAGACCCGCUCUCCACAGCCCCAGUGCAAGAUCGCAGACCCCAUCAGCACCCUCUUCUUUUCAGUCUUCGUCCUUGGCUCCACCAUCACGAUCCUCAAAGACGUCUUCAGGGUCCUUAUGGAAGGGACACCGCGGGGCCUGGAGUUCGAUGCGGUGAAGGAGGUGCUGCUGGGGGCCAGCGGGGUGCGGGGCGUCCACGACCUGCAUCUCUGGGCGCUGACGCUGAGCCACCCCGCCGUGUCGGUACACGUGGCUGUGGAUGCCGGUGCUGAUGCCGAGACGGUGCUGCAGGAGGUCACUGCCCGGCUCCAGAGCAGGUUUGGCUUUGCCUUGUGCACGGUACAGGUGGAGCAGCACCAGGAGGAGUCAGCAGGCUGUCCCCACUGCCAGGACCCCCGAACCUGAGACCCCCACCCGCUCUACGUUGGGCCAGACGUGGCCCUGGCCCCAGCUCCUUGUGCUAGAGCAGGGCAGUGCUUGAGAUCCCAUCUCCCCCUCUCCCCACCCCACCGCUGCGGAGCCCUGGAGUGGGACAGUGACUCCAGUGUGGUGUCCUGGAGGAAGAUACGUGGCCUGGCCAGGCACAGGGGCCCCCUGGAAUCUUCCACUCCCUGCUGUGCCACAGCUCCUGAGGAAGUGGAAUCCUGCCCAACCACCCGGUCCCCAGGAGCCUGUCUGUCCUGGCAGGAAGGGACAUCCCCCAUGGGGGCCCUCAGACCUGGCCUUGGCCUCAGCCCCCCGUGCUCCAUCUAAAUCCUGCUGUGCCUGGCCCCAAUCCAUUCCCUCUGCUGAGUCGUGCCUGUACCCCUGGUGUCCAUCUGUCCAUCUGUGCCAGCAGCGGUGCCAGCGCUGCCAAUAAAUGUGUUGGAGCAGCAA